GAUUACAGCUGAUUACAGCAUGAUUCACAAUCAGACCAAGCUGUAACCAUCCGAAUCGAGCUGGCUAAAUGCGCCUAUUGGCACUAUCGGGAAGCAAAGGCCAAGAACUUUGAGUGUAGUGAAGUGAAAUAUUCAACAAAUUUGAAACAAAUCAACCGAAAAUGGAUAUUUUGAAAGCAGAAAUUGCCAAGAAGAGAAAGCUGUUGGAAGAAAAAUCACUUCUGAACACAGAAAAAAAGUAUUUCAAAAGAGGUGAACUGAUAGAGAAGGAACAGGAAGAGUAUCGCAAAAAAUAUCAUAAACAAAGUGAAGUUGAUGUGAAUGCAGCUACAGUUCCUAAGGGUGAAGAAAUUGAAUCGAGUUUACAGCACAGUAUUUUAUCAAGACAUGAAGUUAUAUCACGGUUAAGAGAUAGAGGUGAACCUAUUCUGAUGUUUGGGGAAACGGAAUUAGAUGCAUUCAAAAGAUUAAGGAAGUGUGAAUUAUUAGAACCAGAAGUGAAUAAAGGAUUCCGAAAUGAUUUUCAAGAAGCAAUGGAACAAGUUGACCAGGCAUACAUAGACGAACUAUUGAAUGCCCCCGAUAAUAAUAGAGAUGUUAAAAAAUCUGAGAACAAUGAUGAGGAAUCUGUUAAGUCACAUGAAGAAAUCAGAGAAAUGGCUAAAUCAAUGGGAAGAGGCAACAGAGAACAUGAUAUGACAGUUAUUGUACAUUUCAUUCAGUUGAUUCUCAAGAAAUGGACUGAACAGCUACAAAACAGAUCUAAGGAAGAGAAAGCAGGUACGAAAGGAAAAUUGAUGGGUGCAACGUAUACUCAAACGCAAGAAUAUUUGAAACCAUUACUGAGAAAAUUGAAAACAUUUACUCUUCCCGAGGAUAUAUCAGAUAGCCUAACAGAAAUUGUGGUUCACUUACUCAACAGAAACUAUUUGAAGGCCAGCGACGGUUACCUUCAGAUGGCGAUUGGCAAUGCUCCUUGGCCUAUUGGAGUAACCAUGGUGGGUAUUCAUGCAAGAACAGGCAGAGAAAAAAUCUUCUCAAAAAAUGUGGCCCACGUAAUGAAUGACGAGACCCAAAGGAAAUAUAUACAGGCUCUGAAAAGGCUGAUGACGAAAUGUCAAGAAUACUUUCCAACUGAUCCGUCCCGGUGCGUCGAAUACCAGGCAUUCGGAAAGCCAGAAUGAUGGAAAGUUACUUGGUGUAAUGAAAGAUGUAAAUAUUGUAUAGAAAUGUAUAUAGAGAAUAACAAUUCAAUUCAAAAACUCGAUCAUGAACUAUUGAAGACCACCUUUGUAGCAAAUGGUUUCAACUUUGUUAUUUUUUCUUUGUUGAUCACAAAAAUAUUUUCGACAAUACAAAUUUUCAUUCUGAAUAUGAAUGAGUAACUGACAGUAGAUUGUCGUUUUCACUACAGAUUCGUUUUAAAUAUGCAAAAAAUAAUUCAUAUUUUUAGGUUUUUAAUCUUCCACAAUCUUAGAAAUGAAUAAAUCUAGGUAACAUGAAAAUUUUCUCAAGUACAAUAAAGGACAAACAGAAUCCAUGGUAGCAGACCAGUAGUGAACAAUUCUGGUUUGAGAGAAGUGUUUCUAUUAUAUACGUUAAUCUGAAGAAAGUUUGAUGUUGAAUAUCACUGUACAUGGACUGUAUUUCCUGUGAUAUGAAUUUGUAUGUUGUCCUUUUGCAUUAUUUUGGUAAAUAGUGAGUGCAUAUUAUUUCAAAUUUAAUAAAGCAAGUGUUGCAUUUAUGUAAAACUGUUUAGUGAAAAUCUCAUAAUAAAAUUUUUGAA